GAGAGAGAUAUAUAGAGAGAGAAAGAGAGAACACUUCUAGAAUUCUUCAUUUCCUUCGUUUUCAAUUUUCGAAAUCUCUCUCAAUAGUCUCUCUUACUCGUUCGAUCUUACGAAGGUAUCUAUCCAUGGAGGUAAAGGAAGAGAAACUGAUGGAGGAGGAGCAACGAGUGGCGGAGAAGACGAUUCCAGUGUUCACCGUUCUGAAAAACGGCGCGAUUCUCAAAAACAUCUUCGUCGUCAACAGUCGCGAUUUCUCGUCGCCGGAGCGAAACGGUUCCGCUGUUAGCGACGAUGACGACGAGGUAGAGGAGAUUCUCGUCGUCGGUCGUCAUCCAGAUUGUGAUAUUCUGUUAACGCAUCCUAGCAUUAGCAGAUUCCACUUAGAAAUCCGAUCGAUCUCUUCUCGUCAGAGACUCUUCGUCACGGAUCUAUCCUCUGUGCAUGGAACAUGGGUUAGGGAUCAGAGAGUUGCGCCACAUGUUUGUGUCGAGGUUGAAGAAGGUGAUACGAUUAGGAUUGGUGGUUCAACUAGGAUCUAUAUGCUUCACUGGAUUCCGUUAAGCCGUGCGUAUGAUUUUGACAAUCCGUUUGUUUCACCUCUUGAUGCGUCUGCGGUGAUGGAGCAAGAAAAUGAGAAUCGAAUGAUUGAACCAGAGAAUUUAGAGGCUGAACAAGAUCAGUCACUAGUGAAUAUUGGAUCAAGUGAUUAUGGAGAUCUACAUCUGGAUGUAACGUCCGAAGGAACUGGAUCAUCAGUCCCUAGUGAGGAUGAGGAUACAUAUGUUACAGCAAGGGAGAUGUCGUUGCCACUUGCGUCUCCAAGUGUUUUGACACUAGCUGGAGAUUCUGUCGAGUCACAAGAGCUUCAAUUCAAAGAGGAUUUGCAGAAUUCAACAAAGUGGAACUUAGAUGUUGUAGAAGCCUCAGAAGAUAAGGCAAGUAGCAGCUGCUCCCCAAGUAAGCAGCAGAGGGGUGGCUACGUGGAGGGAUUAGGUUGUUUAGAACAUUUUGUUGCUGCAGAGGUUGAUGAAUGCGAUGUAAGAGGAGAUGGAAGUUUUCACCUGAAUGUGAUCUCAGAGAGGAUGGAAUCAUCAGUACUUAAUGAGGAGGUCCAGGAGGAUGAUUCAUAUCCAGCUGCAACGGAGAUUAUAUUGCUUCCACUCCUAACAAAUUAUAUUGCGGCAGGAAGACUACAGCUUACAGAAGAUGUUCAGGCUUCACCAGUGUUGGAAAUAAAUAAUUUAGAAGCCAAUGUAGAAAAUACAAGUAGUUGCUUGUCCCCAAGUAAGGGACAGAAUGAUGGCUGCUAUGAAGCCUCAGGUUGUUCUGCAUUCGAGUUGGUUCCAGAGGUUGGGAUUCUAAGCAUUCAACGAGAAGUCAGUGAAGAAACUGUGUUUGUCAAAAAGGAAGUGAUAGAAGUAUCUGCUGAACCAUUUACUAAGGCUGAUAUUUGGAGUCAUGAAGAAAAUGGAGAAACUGAGGUCUCAAGGCAAGUUAUUGCAGUAUCUCCCAAUUGCUUCUCUCAAGCUGAGGCAACUUUGGGAAUUUUAACUGACCAAGUUCGAAGCCUCUUAGAUACUGCAUUCCAAAGUGAAGUUUCAGUAGAGUCUGAAAGUGAGAACCUACUACAUCAAAAAAGCGAUGGAGAAGCACAGGCUGAUAUCCAGAAUUACAAAGAAAAUGGAGAAAAUGAGGUCUCAAGGCAAGUUAUCACAGUAUCUCCCAAUUCCUUCUCUCAAGCUGAGCCAACUUUAGAAAUUUUAACUGAAGAAGCCCAAGGCCUAGAAGUCCAGAGUGAAUUGGCCAUAGAGACUGACAGUGAGAACGUACUACAUAAUACAAGCAAUGGGGAAACCAAGGUUGGUUCAAGACAAGUCAAUGCAUUAUCUGGUUGUGUAUUCGCUGGAAACGAACUUCUUCUAAGAAACAAUACCGAAGAUAUCCAAAGUCUAUGCUCAAGCUGGCAGCCAAUGCCUGAGAAUGAAGUUGGGGGUCCAUCUGAGAUCUCGAGUGAUUUGGAUUCUGCAGGAGAUCAGAAUCAAAAACCAGGAAUAACCCGAGAGACUGAAAAUAUAUUUGAUGAAAGGAGCAGCUCUUGCCUUUCUGAGGUCCAACAGAGUGGUACACUAAGUUACUUGUCAACACCAAAUCAGAAACCCAAAACAGAAUUGUCAAUUGGCUCUGGGAGAUCUGAAAAAUAUUACAGCCUAAGCGAAUUAGAGGGUGAAGAUAAUACUGAUAAGUGGUGUCCAAUUUCUUCAACCUUGGCUGAAGAAACAUUUGAAGAUGCGAAAACGACAGAAGAACCGCCUUCUGUUGAUACUGGAAGUCAAGAAAACCAGACCUUGAACAUAGAUGCUGUUAAAGAUGAUGCACUAUCUGAGAUGGAUAGCUCAAGUGCAGGCAACAUUUGGUCUAGGAGGGGAAAAGCUGCUUCUGUUCUUCAGAUCCGGACCAACAAGAGUGAAGGAAAGAAAAAGCAAAUUGGGAGACAACCAAAAGACAAGUUGCAUAGAAAACAGGCUCUAAGUGACAAGUCUAUUUCUCUGACUGUUCAUCAUGGUGCAGAGAAUCUGGAACCAGAGAUCUUUACUCCUGACAAGGAGAAUCUCACCCCAAGUUCUCAUAUGUUGAAACGAUUACAAGAUAUUGGUGACGUGAAAGAUAGCAAGAGCUCUUCAAAGCUUUCAGGAAAAUCAUGCUCGCCACUGGUUCAUUCCAGUAUUGCUAUUUCUGCUUCAGAGGCAUUCAAAGAACCAGAAAUCUUUACACCAGAUAAAGAGAAUCUUACCCCAACCUCUCAUAUGCUAAAACGUUUGCGAGAAUUUGGUGAUAUUAAGGGUACAAAAGGCUCCUCCUCUAAAGCAUCACGUAAACCAUUCUUUGGUAUUCAUUUGGAAGCAAAUGUGAUGGCAGAACAGAAACCAGAAGAUCUCCAGAGCAUUACCAGCAAAUCUAAGGAGAAGCAUGAGCCUGUGGCACUGAAGAAGAAAGCUGAACGGGCUCCUUUUCAACCUCUACUUGAAAAACCUUCUUCCCAAAGUCAGUCAUACACUGAGGCUUCUUCUCCUGCAUCAGCGAUGAACAACAUUUCCAGGGGCAUUCGUUCGUCUUCUAUGCUUUCUGAUGGACAGAGCAAGAAAAAGUGGACCAUUGUGCUGGACACUUCUUCACUCCUCGAUAAAGAUUCUAAGAAGCCACUGCACCUACUACAAGGUCUCAAGGGGACACAUCUGGUUGUACCAAGAACAGUGUUAAGGGAACUAAAUGAGGUGAAGUGCAGUCGCAGUCUUCUCUUCAGAAGAAGAACAGAGAUUGCUUCUUCAGCUCUGGACUGGAUCGAAGAGUGUAAGGUUAAUUCAAAAUGGUGGAUUCAAGUCCAGAGCCCAUCAGAGGAAACCAAAGCAACUGCACCAACCCCACCUGUCACUCCUCAGUCAUUGGCAUUCCCGUUUUCACUUCACUGGAACAAUUAUGCACCAGAGAUCGAUUCUCCUACAUCAGAAGACCAAGUUUUAGAGUGUGCUCUUUUUUACAGAAACCGUAACCCUGAUGAAAAACUCGUUCUUCUUAGCAACGAUGCAACUCUCAAGAUCAAAGCCAUGGCAGAGGGAGUAAUAUGCGAGACACCACUUGAGUUCUACGAGAGUCUGGUGAAUCCGUUCUCAGAGAGGUUUAUGUGGACAGAGAGCACUGCGAGAGGACGGACUUGGACUCAUCUAGACGAUUUCGUGUUGAGAGAAAGGUACAAUAACCGAGCUUGUAAGAAAAAAUCAACAAACAAUGGAGGAGGAAGAGGAGAGAGCAGUGCAGCAGCUAAAGGCUUGAAGCUCAUAUUGCUCCAUAACUCUCACUAUGGCCACACUCAUUGAUGACGCAUCAUCAUCCAUCACUAUGGUUACAUUCAAUGAUGAUGCAUCAUCAUCAUCAUCCAUCAUCUGACUAUCAUGCAUGUUCCUUCUUAUCAAGUAAGCCAAAUAAAAUUUUACUCGCUUACAAAUGGUAAAACAUGGAAUGGUGUUUCCAUAAUGUAGUUACUACUAUUAUGACU